GGCCUUUAGAUGUCAUUGCUGUUGCGUUUUGUGGCUAUAUUGGCCACUUGUGGUAGUAAUAGCCUCGAAUACAUUGUAAACAAUUGAAUAACACAUGAUUUUUUUGUUUGUUUGAUGGUGGUGAAAAUACUGUUUUUUUUUAUUUGCCAUCUAUUUUGUCUCUUUUUGUCGAUUGUGGUAAUGUUUUUUGGUUAUUUAGGUUAUUAUUAUCAUUAUCAACAUUGAUUCAAUCAUUAAUUGUCGUAUGUUUUCCUUUCGAAUCGCCAUCGCCAUUCGAAAUGUGACAUUCUAAAUAGUGGUCAUGAUUGUUUUCAUAUAAAAUCGUUUUUUGGAUUGGUUGCUUUUACAAGAUUCUGGAUCACAUUGAUCAAUUGAAGUUAAAUCAAUUUGAAAAUUGAUCAACGAACAAGUGAAAAUAAAUAAAAAAAGUUUCGAGUCUUUUGGUUUUCAAACAUAAAAUAUGAAUAAAAAAUUGGGUACACCCAUCGGUAAAAUGGUCGUUGGUAUUCGACGUUCAAUCGGUAAUCAUCAUGAUUGUAGUGGUGAAAAACAACAACAAUCAAUGUAUUGUAAUAAAUGUUGGCAGCAUAAAUUAAGUAUUGAUUUGAAUCAUUCAAAAGCAUGGCAUCCUAAACAUUAUCAACAACAUCGAAAUCCUUUAUAUGAAACAAAAACUAUACGAAUUAUACGUGCUGAUCAUAUCGAAACAAAUGCCAAAUUGGUGAUCAAAAUGAUUGAUCUAGAUUCCUCAAGCAACGAUGAUAAUGAUGACCAACAACAAUCAUCAAUGAUUGAUGUACAUAUUACCGAGAUCAAUAUGAUGGCCAAAUUACGACAUCCAAAUGUGAUACAAAUGUUGACAUCAUUUGUCAAUGAUAACUAUCUAUGGCAGAUUAUGCCAAUGGCUGAAUAUGGAUCAGCCGAUCAAUGGUCACGACCAAACGGUUUACCCGAAUUAACUAUUGCGUUAAUAAUCAAAGAUGUUCUAAAUGGUUUAAACUAUCUACAUCGUAAAGGUAUUAUACAUCGAGCCGUAUGUGGUUCGCAUAUAUUAAUCAUGGCUGAUGGAACAUGUGUACUCACUGGCCUUAAAUAUUCUACCAAUGUCUUACAAAUGGGUAGAUGGCAAACAAAAAUUCAUCAAUAUCCACGACAAGCGACUGCCAAAUUAUUGAAUUUUCUUGCACCAGAAAUAUUGGAACAAAAUCUACUUGGUUAUAAUUCUAAAUCAGAUAUUUAUAGUCUAGGUAUUGUUUGCUGUGAAUUGGCCAAUGGUUGUAUACCAUUCGAAGAUAUUGUUCUUACCGAAAUGUUAUUAGAUAAAUUGACUGGCAAUUUUCCUCGGCCAUUAGAUUCGACUUGUGAUGAGAUUCGUAAUUUUCCCACCGACGAUCCAGAUCUUUCUAUCGAAGUUAAAGAGAAAUAUAAUCUAUACAAGAAUCGAACAUUUUCAUCAUAUUUCCAUAUGUUUACUAUAGAACAUUGUCUAAAUUUUGAUAGUAGUUUAAGGCCAACAGCCGUGGAUCUAUUGAAUCAUCAAUUUAUAAAACAAACGAAAAAAUGUCAUCAUCACCGUCAUCAUCAACAACAACAUCAUCAUCAUCAUCAUAAGGAGAAAAAUUCAUCAUCACCAUUGUUGAUUGAAAUGUUGAAAAAUUUGCCACAAAAUUCAACUAGUCGUGCCAAUAAUAAUGUGAUCAUCAAUAUGAAUAACAAUGACAAUAAUGGUGAUGGUCAGAAAAAAUCGAUCAUCAUCGAUGAUGAUAAUGUUGAACAAUGUUCAAAUGUAACCACCACCAAAAUCGAUGAAAAAUUCAAAACAAUGGCUUUAACGGCUGAUCAUGAGAAACAAGAUACAAUGACUAUCGAUUGGAUAUUUUGACAAACUAUCGAAAUGUGCUAUACACAUAUAUGCACAUGACAUUGAUUAAUAAUAUUGAUUAUUAGUUAUCGAAUUACAACAAUUACGAUUAAAAAAAAGUUAUGAAUUUUUA